AUGUCCAUUGCAAACACCUUGAAAGAGUUUUUCUCUUUGAGUGCUCUAGAUUCCAGACUUGACCCUACAAGGAGUAAAGACAAACAUCAACAGACUAUUAAGAAAGGAGCAAAGCCUUCAAGAUGGGGUAGCCUUGAAUUCAAGUUUUACUACAUUAUAUUCAUCAUAGCUGUGCCAUUGAUGUUCAAGGCAGCAAUGGAUGCCUCAAAUGAAACCAAUCCAAAUUAUCCCCGAUUCGAACGGUUGUUGAGUAAAGGAUGGAUACUAGGUAGAAAAGUGGACAAUUCAGACCAACAAUAUCGUUUUUUUCGAGACAAUUUACUACUUCUAGGCUUGUUGGGGGUGAUACAUGUUACACUAAGAAAAGUUUUGACUCCACUAUUGUCAAUACGGAAGAGAACUUAUUUUGACUUGGUGUUUGGAAUUGUGUUUUUGAUGGGAGCUCAUGGGGUAAAUGUAAUCAAAAUUUGCUUUCACUUGGGGCUUAAUUAUAUCAUUGGAAGAUACAUUACAGACAAAAAAGUAGCUAUUUGGGCAACAUGGAUAUAUGGAGUGUCUACAUUGUUCCUAAAUGAUUGGUAUGGAAUGCACAAGUAUGGAAUCCCGUUGUUGGAUCUGAGCUUCAAAGGGAUUAUAGAGCGUUGGGAUGUCUUCUACAAUUUCAGCUUGCUUCGAAUGAUAUCUUACAAUCUUGAUUACAUUGAAAGAGAACAUGCUUUGAGGAAGCCUGAUGCGAAGGGUGGUUCAUUGAUUGAUCUCAAUGACCGUGAAAGACUCACAGCUCCAUUGCCAAUAGAAGACUAUAAAGUUUUCAAUUAUCUUGCAUAUGUGUUGUACACACCAUUAUUUAUAGCUGGGCCUAUUUUGACAUUUAACGACUAUAUGUAUCAAUCAAAUUACCAACAAGCUGCAUCAGUGAGAGACAAGAAACGUAUAUUUAUAUACUUUCUUCGAUUCGUCUUUUGUUUGCUAGUGAUGGAAUUCGUUUUGCAUUUUAUGUACGUGGUUGCUGUAUCAAAAACAAAAGCUUGGGAUGGUGAUACUCCUUUCCAAAUCUCAAUGUUGGGUCUUUUCAAUCUAAACAUAAUCUGGUUGAAACUUCUAAUACCAUGGAGAUUAUUUCGACUUUGGAGUUUGUUGGAUGGCAUUGAUCCUCCGGAGAACAUGAUUCGGUGUAUGGAUAACAACUUUUCAGCGCUUGCAUUUUGGAGAGCAUGGCAUAGGUCGUUCAACAGAUGGGUUAUUAGAUACAUAUACGUCCCCAUGGGUGGGGGUGGAAGCUAUCGUCUUUUAAAUAGCUUAUUGGUGUUUAGCUUUGUUGCAAUUUGGCAUGAUAUUGAAUUGAGGUUGCUUAUGUGGGGCUGGUUGAUUGUUUUGUUUUUGAUUCCGGAGCUUGUUGCCAGUAUGGUGUUUAAAAAAUACGAUCAGCAGUGGUGGUAUCGAUAUUUAUGUGGGUUGGGCGCAGUGGUCAAUAUAUGGAUGAUGAUGAUUGCAAACCUCGUUGGAUUCUGUCUUGGCAAGGAUGGAACCAUACAGUUGAUUUGUGAGAUGUUUAAGUCUGUACUGGGUGUAACGUUUUUCAUCGUUUCUUCGUUUACAUUGUUUGUUGGAUCUCAAGUGAUGUUUGAAUUGAGAGAGGGCGAGAAAAGAUCAGGCAUUGAUGUGAGAUGCUAA